AUGCCGCGCCUCGGCGCCGCGCUGCUCCUCUGCCUGCUGGUGCUGAGCCUGCCCGAGCCCCCUGCCGCAGAAUCUCCUCUCCAGUUACCAGCACCACAGAAUGUGACAAUUUACUCAUAUAAUUAUCAGAAUUUAUUGAGAUGGGCUCCUGUUAAAGUGGACAAUGGCUCAGUGUUAUAUACGGUCCAGUAUAGUACCCCAGUAUCCUGUCUUUGGCCACUGUCGAAUGUCAGGUGUCCCAGAGGGAAUGAACAGAACAGAAUAGCCUAUGACUGGGAAGAAAUUAACUGCACAAACAUUACGAAGACUGAAUGUAAUUUCACACAUCCAGAGAUCAAAAGCUUUUGGACAAUUACUUUACGUGUUAGGGCUGAACUAGGACAAGUGAAAUCUGACUGGGUGGAAACAAAUAAAUUUUUUGCAGACCAAAACACUACUAUAGGGCCUCCUGUUAUAGUAAAUGUGGAUUCAACGCCUGAUUCACUUUUCCUUAACUUCUCGCCCAAUGUAAAAGAAGAUAAUUUACAAUAUCUUGUGCGCUACUGGGAGAAAUCAACAAAUGAACGACAUGAAACAGAAUGGACCAAGAAUACCCGAAUCGGACUUCUGAAUCUAAAGCAACUGACAGUGUAUUGUUUUCAAAUACGAGCAAAACUCCGCUUAUUAAAUGACAACAUUGGACCAUUCAGCAAAACAGAUUGUCACAAAACUGCAACUAGUGAUGCAACCAGAGCUGGAUUUGUAGCAAUAAUAUUUGUUGGAGCCACAGUUACUGUGGUGAUCUUAGCAAUUGUCUGUUUCCUUUUUAUUCAGAAAUUUCAUCAAGUCAUUAAAUAUUGGUUUCAACCGCCUUUUCAAAUUCCACUGCAUAUUGAAGAGUAUUUAAAGGAUCCUGAAAUGCCUGUUUUAGAAGAAUUGCAGAAUAAUUGUGCUGAGGAAGAUCCCUGGGACUCCUUGUCAGUUGUUUCCAACGCAGAAGGAAGUCAAGCCCUUCUGAACACAAAUGUUCAGUCAGACAGCAGAUCCAUUGAAAGUGAAAAAACUUAAUUACAUUGUGGUAGAAGCACCUGUACCAGUGGUAUUGCCUUGAUGCUCUAGAAAGAUGAUAGUGUCACUGUCGACAAACCAAGUUGUGGGAGUCUUGACUUCUUGAGAACGUUGUGUAACCUUGAGUGAGGUUUUUUAAUGGUUUCUACUGCACUUCACCAUAUGAAGUGCCUUCUCCAGGAGAGACUUUUUAAAAACAGAUUUGAAUGUGAACUGGAAAUGAACACUAAAAGAGCGAGAAAAGGACAACAUGAUGAUUGGAGUUAAAUGACUGCAUUUGAACAUCUUUGCAGAAAUGAUUGCACUAUUACUAUGAACAUUGUUGUUGGUUAUUAUUACUAACAAAUCUUAGUGGACCGUAGCACUUUAUAGUAGGAUAUGGUGCUAGAAAAGAUUUAAAUUAGUGGAUUAUCGCACCAUGAAUGACUAUUGGUCUUGGCCCAUCAGUACUUGUAUAUAAAGUCUGUCCCUUAACACACAGUAAGUUAGCACUCAGAAAAUGACACUUAAACUUUUACAUAUGUGAAAAAUUGCUCUGUGUAUGGUGCUCUAUAUCUGAUGGAAAUAGUAUGUUUUCAGGAGUCCAUUUUAAGUGUGGCCCCCCCCCCUUUUUUUUUUUUAACAAAAAAAUUGUUCCAGUAAAAAAUGAAAGAUUUAUAUGAGCUGAAGAGAAACCAGCACAUAAUUCACUCCCAGUUAAGGAACUGUCAUGGAAGGAGUACUUGCAGGGACAGACAGGUUGGAUCGCUUCUCCCCUGAGCCUUCUGAUGCUUGCACAACAAUGGCAUUAAUUUCUUCUAGGACUGCUGUGUGGAGACGCUCUCUCUGUAGGCAUCACAUCCUUUACGAUGAAAUGAAAUCCUAAAGCUUGUAUCAGACACUAAAAUAUAAUAGGUUUGGCUACCUGGAGAGCCCUUCCUAAAGUCAUUCAACUGAACUUGUCAGGUUUUGAUGCACAUGAACCAAACCUUCCUGUGUAGUCAGAGUACACAUGGGCAAGAUGUGUCAAAGAUAGGGUUUACCCACAACUAGUAGACACUAAGAACAAAGCCAUGGUUCCGUCACCUGCUCAACCAAGUUGUCACUGCUAGUGAAGAUAAGACCCGGGAUGUGGAGUGUGGCUGUUUGGGAAAUGAAGCAUCCGGAAAUUCUUUACACCGCUUUAUUGUAUACGUGAAAAUCUUGCUGUUAAAAAUCCUACAGUGUGUAUCGGAAUAUUAUUUGGAUUGAUAAUUAAUAGAAAUAAUUUAAAUAUGGAAAAAGUAGUUUAAUGUGUUUUGUUUCCAUAUGAUUUUUUUCCUUCAAAUUCCAUGUGGUCAUUUGCUGUUCAUUUAGAAUCUAAUCAGUGCCUAAAUUAGGAAGAAAGGACUUCUUUCAUAUGACCGUUAUGAAGAGCAGAGCUUUAUGGGCGGAGAUAUGGUAAAUUAGCAUUAUAGAAUGCCCUUUCAGUGCCUCUCUUCUUCAUUUUCCAGAUUGACCCUUUAGUCCUAUGAAAAUAAGCUUCAGUUAUGGUUCUUGACCGAAUUUAAAAAUAAGCACAGUGGCAGUCUGCUCCUGUCUGGGAUGGGGAGAAGUGCUUCUGUGGCUCCAAACUAAAAUUCCGUUCACUUUAAACAAUGUAUAUGAUCAAAUGUGACUCAUCACUUUCAAAUUCAGUGACUUCAUAAAACAUUUUCCAAACAUU